UUCCACCUACCCCCAAUUGUUAGCUAUGCACUUCCGCUGUGCCUUGUGUAUUUCCUGUCAAGGUUGGUAGGAGGAAAAGCAGCAGGCAACACAGACGUGUAUUUAUAGAGUUGGAAGAAGCCAUUUCAUCAUGAAGAAACAGGACACGGAAGAGUCGGCCACGCAGGGCAGUGACGCGGCUCCACCACCUGGCACUGGAGAGAUGGAGGGAAGCACAGCGGCAAAGGACGUUACAGAGACCAGUAUCCCAAAAGACCUUAUAGAUACUGUCAGCCCCAACGAGCCAGACAGACCUUCACAGAUUGAUGGGGCUGAAAGUUCAGUGGGUGAGGUGUCUGCCGUUCCCAACACAGCAGAGUCUGCAGCUCUCCCCGCGGUCCCACCUCUAGAAGAGCCUGCUUUCGUCCCAGUCUCUACUGUAGCAGACCACGUCCCAGUCUCUACUAUAGCAGGCCCCGUACCCGUCCCAGUCUCUACUAUAGCAGACCCCGUACCCGUCUCUACUGCAGCGGAGGGGGUGUCGUCUCAGUGUGACAUGGCUGAGGAGCUGAGCCGCCAGCUGGAGGACAUCCUCAACACCUACUGUCUGGAGGACAAUGGGGAAGACGGGGUUAACCUGCCCAACGGCCAAUCACACGGCCCUGUGCUCAAUGGCCUGGCCAAUGAGAAGGAGCUGGACGUGAAGCCAGACGGUGUCAAAGUGAAUGCCUGCGGAGCGGAGAAGGAGAAAGCGAAGACUCAGGACAAGAAGAAGGUGAAGGGUCUGGGUAAAGAGAUCACCCUGCUGAUGCAGACCCUGAAUACUCUGAGUACACCAGAGGAGAAACUGGCAGGCCUCUGUAAGAAGUAUGCUGAUCUGCUGGAGGAGCAGCGGAACAGUCAGAAGCAAAUGCGGGUCCUACAGAAGAAACAGUCUCAGCUGGUGCAGGAGACAGACCACCUAAAGAAGGAACACAGCAAGGCUAUCCUGGCACGCAGCAAACUGGAGUCACUCUGUAGGGAGCUGCAGAGACACAACCGCACACUCAAGGAGGACGGGACACAGCGUGCACGCGUGGAGGAGGAGAAGAGGAAGGUGGUGACAUCACACUUCCAGGUGACUCUGAAUGACAUCCAGGCCCAGAUGGAGCAGCAUAAUGAGAGGAAUGCCAGUCUGAGGCUGGAGAACUCUGAGCUGGCAGAGAAGCUCAAGAAACUCAUCCAACAGUACGAACUACGAGAGGAGCACAUUGACAAAGUGUUCAAGCAUAAGGACCUGCAGCAGCAGUUGGUGGAUGCGAAGCUACAACAGGCUCAGGAACUGCUCCUGGAGUCUGAGGACCGACAUCACAGAGAGAAGGACUUUCUGUUGAAGGAAGCGGUCGAGUCUCAGAGGAUGUGUGAGCUGAUGAAGCAGCAGGAAGUCCAUCUCAAACAACAGCUGUCCUUAUACACAGAGAAGUUUGAGGAGUUCCAGACGACUCUGUCCAAGAGCAACGAGGUGUUCACCACAUUCAAACAGGAGAUGGAGAAGAUGACGAAGAAGAUCAAGAAGCUUGAGAAGGAGACGACCAUGUACCGUUCCAGGUGGGAGAGCAGCAACAAGGCCCUGCUGAACAUGGCUGAGGAGAAAACUCUGCAGGACCGUGAGUUUGACAGCCUCCAGGGGAAGGUAGGGAAGUUGGAAAAGCUUUGCCGGGCGCUGCAGAACGAACGCAACGAACUCAGCAAGAAGGUUCAGGGCCUGAGCACCGGCCCCGGGGACAACAGCCCAGGGACUGAAUCCCCUUCCCUACCCCCCACAGACUCCCAGGAGCCUAGCCCAGACCCCGACACCACCACCCCUAGCUCCCCAAUACCCUGCUCCCACGGCUGCCACUGCGGCCCAGAGUUGGACACUGAGAACCAGGCCUGUGCAGCCACCCUCACUGUCCAGGAAUGAGACCUCUUGCCUGGGCAACACCGCUCAGUCUCCCCUUCACCAACCGAUUACCAACUACCAGCCUGCAAGCCAAGCCACUAUUUGUGGGAGUUAAGAGUGUGGGUCUGUAUGAUUUCCCCCAGAGUUAGAUAAAGUUGUCCCCUAACCACAGAUCUAGGAUCAGAUUCCCUUACGUCCAACUUAAAACCAAUAGGGCGGUGCAAGAACAUCUGACCCUGGAUCUGUAGUCAGUUAGCAGCUUCUACCUACUCUGUUGGCUCCUGGAGUGUUGAAGGUGAUGAUGAUGGUGGUGGUGUCAGUCAGGGACGAUUAUUAGAGGUUCUUCAUCCUGCGUGUUUUGUUUUUUUGGUAUUUUUAAAACAUUUUCCUUUGAGACUAGUACACAAAUGUUCAUGGAAAUCACAGCUUUUAUGCGGGGCAAAGCAAGCUUAAAAAAGAGGCUUCAUCCCAAAUGGCACCCUAUUCCCUAUAUAGUGCACUACUUUAGACCAGAGCCCUAUGGAACCCUAUUCCCUAUAUAGUGCACUACUUUAGACCAGAGCCCUAUGGAAGCCUAUUCCCUAUAUAGUGCACUACUUUAGACCAGAGCCCUAUGGAAGCCUGUUCCCUAUAUAGUGCACUACUUUAGACCAGAGCCCUAUGGAACCCUAUUCCCUAUAUAGUGCACUAUUUUUCACCAGAGCUCUGUUGGAAUAGGGUGGUAUUUGGGACACUGGCUGCUUAGGAAGGUAAAUCUACAGUAAAGAUGUUGGGACAGGAGGGUAUUUUGUGUGCGUGUGUGCUUGUCUCCAUCAGUCCCUCUUUUUCGUGUGUGUGCGCGCGUCCGUGUGUCUGUCAGUCAUAGAGGUUAAGAUGUAGUGUAUCUGCAAAUGUACGGCCACAGUUAAACUUGAAUUCUUGGAUUUUUAUUUUUUAUUAUUAUUAUUUUUUAAAGUUGAACACACUGAAAGCAUGGCUAACUCAUCAGCACAUGUCGGAAUCACCUGACCUUUCGUUCGGUACAGAGAGCAGAGUGUAUAUACUUUCAU